AUGAUUCGGAAUGUCGAAUACUACACGACUUUGACCGUUGCUUUAAUAGCAAUUAAUUUAACGAUAUACCAGGCACUGGGUCAAAGCAGGACUUGCAGUUUAUUAGCAAGGCCUCAUCCCAAUGGCUUCUGUGGAGAGAGACUGGCUCAAGCUCACAGCAACGUCUGCUUCCUUCUACGCCGGACCUACCCGCACUUGUUCCCAAUGUCCAAACGCUCCGUGCCCAGUGAAAGUGACACAAGCCCAUCCGUAGACUCACUGCUAAAUUCUGAACUUCAUGACGAUGAUGAGGAAUUCUCCAGGUAUCCAGAUCACAAGUCAGAUCCCGUGUUCAUCCUGGAAGACAACAGCCAUUUGGUCUCUCUACUAAAAUCUGCGGAUGAGCCGGUUUACACUUCUCACAGGCCAACAGCCAGCGCCUUUAUCAACCUGUUGGAGAAACGAAACUCAAGAAGGAAGAGGAGUCUCGUCUGCGAGUGCUGCUAUGGUCCUUGCACUAUCAGAAUUAUUGCCCGUUACUGCUGA